CGGGCGGAGGAGAGCGAAGGGUGCAGUUAUAUAAAGUUGGCGGAGAUGACAGCGGACAGUCAGUGCUCUAGUUCUCUGCGUACCGCGUCUCCAGAACAGCUGAAACAUGAAGGUCCUCACGAAUGUUCUGGCGCUAGCUCUCGCCGUGGUUGUAGUGUAUGCUGAGCCUCCAGUGCCAUCGUACUCCACGACGCACCAGGACGCCUUCUCGCCGCCCCCGAUCAGCGGACCCUCGGCAUCCUACGGGGCGCCUCCCUCAGCCGCCUAUGGUCCUCCGUCUUCAGGGAGGUUCGGCGGCAACCACAGACAGACCCAAGCUGUCCUCAGGCCCAGUGCUAGUUAUGGUGCUCCCUCCGGCCAUGGAGGCUCCGGGUUCGACAGUUCUUUUGGAGGAAACAGUGGAUUUAGACCAGGUGGUGGGUUCGGAGGCCACAAGAACCGCGGAGGAGGUGCUAGGCGGCCAUCUGCGUCUUACGGAGCACCGUCCACAGGAUACGGCGCACCCUCCGCCGGUGGCUAUGACGACGGCAGUUCCGGUCCAGCCAGCUACAAGUUCUCGUACCACGUGCAGGACGCCGCCUCCGGCAACGACUUCGGCCACCAAGAGAGCCGGGAGGGCCACCAAGCCACGGGCAUGUACAUGGUCCUGCUGCCUGACGGCCGCCGCCAGAUAGUCGAGUACACUGCCGACGAGUCUGGAUACCACCCCAUAGUCAGGUACGAGGGUACAGCGACCACCGCCAGCGGGGGCGGCUACCCCUCCGGACCCAGUGGCUCUGGAGGCUACCGCUACUAGACCGGCCCCUCGCCCAUGAUCUGAUCUUGCCACCAAACCUUUGUACAUGCUGUAUUAUACUAGCUUUAGUUCCAUUUUGUGAACGGAGAGCACUAAUUUAGGGUUAAGUUACCAGAGCGCGCUACCUUACUGCAAUACAAGGAUUAUGGAAGUAGCCAUUAUAUUAAUGGUGAUAACCGUUGUGGCUUAUUUUGUACUAAUUGUUAUUCUAUUAAUCCGCUUGGUUGUGUAUCUUCCUACUAAAAAUAUUCUUAUAAAUUAUAGUUCAAAAAUAUAUAAACUUAUCCAUGUAAUGCUUGUAUUGUACUUGACUUAUGUGUAUGUUACCAAAUCAAAAUUAAUUAUAUAACUGUUAAGGUGUAGACUUGAUUUAUUUUUUGAGAGACUGUACAAACUAAUGAAGUGUGUCUGGCAUCUAAGUGGGUUAGUUAGAUUUAAUUACAAUUGUAUAUUUUAAUGUGAGCGAAAGUGUAACUUUUAUAUUGAAACUUAUUAAUAAAAUGUUUAUAUAGUAA